AUGGCAGCCGUAUCACAUCAAUUAUACGUGAAGGAUAGGGAUUUCACACAUCAAAUAACCUUUUCAGCCUUGCCACUCUCCCCAUUGAAUCUUAAUGCCAGCUUCCAUGUUGUGGCAGAACCAGGAGAUAACUCAGAGCCCAAUGAUCCUAUCUAUACUCUUGAAAAAUACCAUCUCCCACACCAUCUUGACCCAAAGCUUUCAAAAUUAGUGAUCAUUGAUUCAGUAAAAUCAGGCAAGGGAAGAACUACCGAUGGUGACAUCUACAAGAACUCCAUAGUUCCGAUCCUCAAAAUAAUCGGUUUACAUGACAAGCACGACUAUUAUGAAACCGAAACCAAGGACUCUAUUCAUCAAUUGGCCCGAUCCCUAAUAAAUUCAGAAGUCACUCCUAACAAAGAUCUAACUGUGCUUUUACUAUCUGGCGAUACGUCAAUUCACGAGUUUAUUAACGGUCUUCCUCAAACAUCGGCGCCUCGAAACAUCAAUUUAGGAGUUAUUCCCUUGGGAUCUGGUAAUGCAUUUGCCCUCGAGCUUGGAGUUACAUCUGCUAUUAAUGGAGUAUUGAAGGUAUUCAGUGACUCCUCAGGCAUACAGAAGUUUCCAGUUCAUCAAGCAUCAUUCUCUCCAGGGUCGUAUAUUCAAGAUCCUGAAGAUGAGGAGAAAAUAGACUCCAAGAGUUAUAUUUCUAGCCUCAAGUUCUUUGUGGUGUUAUCUUGGGGUCUUCAUGCGGCAAUCGUUGGUGAUUCCGAUUCACUAGAGCUUAGGAAAUUGGGUAAUGACAGGUUCAGAAUUGCUGCCUACAACAACAUCAAUAGUAUUUUACAAAAUUAUGAAGGUGAAGUUGUGAGGAUGGUUAAUGGUGUGCGAGUAAAUGACGAGAAUCAGAUCACUUGCCAUUCUUACUUUCUUUUAAGUCUUGUGAAGUCUCUUGAGGCUAAUUUCACUAUUUCUCCUCACUCUGAUUUUAUUAGCGGGAAAUCCUACAUUAUAGACAUUCCUUUUAAAAAUUUGCUGUUGUCCGACCACUCCAGUGAUUCCUCUGAAAAAGUAAACUGUCAACUUCAAAAACAGAAAGAAUUUCUUGCCGGGAUACUUGAAAAAGUUUAUGUUCAAUCUAGCCAUAUUGAUGAUCCUGAUAUAGUAUACCGACGAGUGUUUACCGAAUCAAAUGAAUCUUUACUUGUCUUUGUUAAAGACAAAGAGGCAAGGAAAAGAAGAAUAUGCGUUGACGGAAGAAUUGUGAUUUUGGACAAUGAUGGCAGUGAUACUGGCGUCCAUGGCGAUCAAAAGUAUGUCAAGAUAGAUCUGUUUGGCAAUAAAUGCAACGGCUGGAGUUUGAGCUUGAUUGUUUGA